ACGAGGCAUGUGGCCACAGCAGCCGAGCCCCAGAUGCCGCCGUGCAACUUCACACCGGAGCCGUACCGGGGGCGCCCCUACGACGAGGUGGCCUCGCUGCGCAAGAGGCACCUGAACCCGAGCCUGAGCUCGAACCUGAUGUUCGGGCGCCCCCUGCUGGUGAGCCAGGGCCACAUGCAGUGGCUCUGGGACCACACGGGCAAGCGCUACCUGGACAUGUUCGCCGGCAUCGUCACGGUCAGCGUGGGACACUGCCACCCGUGUUGGCGGCUGCUGAGCAUCAGCUGGGAAGGCUGUGGCACACGUCAAACAUCUACAUGUAUCCAUCGGUCCACGAGUUUGCUGAAAAGCUGACGGCCAAGUUGCCCGGAAAUCUCAAGGUGUGCUACUUCACCAACAGUGGGUCUGAAGCAAACGACUUAGCCAUGAUGCUGGCGCGGCUGCACACGGGCGCCUUCGAUAUCAUCGCCCUCCGGAAUGCGUACCACGGCAUGAGUCCCUACAGCGGCGGCAUGUGCGGCGUCGGUGCCUACAGGCAUCACUGGCCCACCGGCUUUGGCGUGCAUCACGCGAUGAACGCCGACCCGUACCGCGGCCCCUGGGGCGGCCAGGCGUGCCGCGACUGCCUGGUGCCGAGCCCGAGGCAAUGCUCGUGCCCCGAAGGGGGCCCGUGUAGCGCGGCUUCCCUGUACGCCGACCAGGUGCACGACGUGCUCCGACACAACGUCUCCAAGAAGAGGGUGGCCGCCUUCUUCGCCGAGAGCAUCCAGGGCGUGGGCGGCACGACGCAGUUCCCCAAGGGCUACCUGCAGAAGGUGUACGAGCUCAUCCGGGAGCAUGGAGGCCUCUGCAUCGCUGACGAGGUUCAGACCGGCUUUGGGCGCAUGGGUGACACUUACUGGGGCUUCGAGGGUCACGGCGUCGUCCCAGAUAUCGUGACCAUGGCCAAAGGAAUCGGCAACGGCUUUCCCCUGGCGGCGGUGGUGACCACGCCGGAGAUCGCCAGCGCCCUCAACGCGGCAAGCUUCUUCAACACCUUCGGAGGGAACCCCGUCGCCUGCGCCGUGGGUUCGGCCGUUGUGGACGUGAUCGACGAAGACGGCUGCAUGGCCAACAGCCGAGAGCGUGGCCGGCGCCUGCUGCUCGCCCUGGCGGCGCUCCAGCAGGACUUUCCGGUCGUUGGCGACGUGCGCGGCAAGGGCCUGAUGUUGGGCGUCGAGCUGGUCCAGGACAGGGAGACCAAAGAACCCCUCCCGGCUGCCCGGGUCGGUGCCCUCCUGGAAUCCUGCCGGGAGAUGGGCCUCCUCAUCGGCAAGGGAGGCCUUAACGGCAACGUGCUGAGGAUCAAGCCCCCUAUGUGCAUCACGGACGCCGACGUGGACUUCACGGCGGCCGUGUUGCGGAGGUCCCUGGAACGGCUUUCCCAGCAGUGAGACGCCGCCGAGAUGAUUUGAGUCUUUCGUCGGCCUCAGCAAACCCUCAACUAGGAACCCAUGUCAAAAAUAAAUAUUUUUUUUUUGCUAGGUUA